AUUUAGUAGGAUGUAUCAAUUCUCUCGACAUUUUUCUAGAAUAAUGUCGAUGUGUGGAUUAAGUUUUCUUCGAAAAAGUAAAUAGACUGAAAAUAAUUAGAUCUAGAUUAUCUAGAUCAAGAUACAAACUGUAAAAUUACUGUAUUACUUGCAGUUUGCAGCGAAUGUACAAAUGUAAAGAUAGUGGAAUAAUUUACUGACGUUAAUAGCAAACUUUUCAACGACUUAAAUUCAUAAAGCUCCAAAUGAAUACAUGUUUAUGCAAGAUUAAAUUUAAUUUUUAAAAAAUGUCAGGACAACCUAAAUGGAAUAGAACCACUUCACCGACCAAAAUUCCAAAAAGUGUUUUAAGGUUAAAAUGUCGUCGAUACUGGCCAAGGCCAAGUUGUCGUCAAGCGCCUUGUAAACCUCAGCGUCUAGCAAGGAACAGACACGUCUUCCGUUUAUUUACUAACAAAGCUUUGCAACGAAAAAAACAUGGAUAUUUUUCUAUAAAAAUUGCGAAAGAGAAUUCCAAGAAAGAACAGAAAAAAUGUAUUGAAGAUAAAAAUAACAGCAAAAAUACUAUGGCUAAUUUGGAAACUAAAGGGUCAGCGGAGAGUGAAAGCGUUCGCCUUUGUUUGAUGCAAGCAAGUUUACUGUCAAUACUGAUGUACGUUAUUAAAGCUUUGUGUGAAGUCAAGAAUGACGUUGGUGAAGAUAAAAAUUGUUAUGGAAAUUACAAGUUGGACUGUAGCGACCAGGACAAAAUUUAUUCUAAAAACGAAAAAGAAGACGAUGAAGGAAACAUGCAGCUACAAAGCAAGCAAGGGGAAAAUUUAAUUCAUCGGUCUGAUUUGGAAAUUUUUAAUGAACUUUGUAGUUUCGAGAAUAUUUUUAUCAAACCUCAAGGCAUGCUCCAAGUCUUUCACGUAGGCAGUGUGAUACAUAACCAUCCAAUAUCUGUCGAGGGAAUACCGUGGGAAAAAUUUCGUGAAGAAAGGUUAAGAAUAGUUACAUACGUAAAGUAUCCAAAACGAGGCCGGAAGUCGGCCAUGUUGCUGGCCGAGAACGGGUUUGUGUACACUGGAGACGGUAACGACAACGACGACCGUGUGACAUGCUACUCGUGUUGCUCGACCCACGGGAACUGGCACCUGCUGGAUGACGUGGCAGAGGUACACAGACGUAUCUCACCCGUCUGUUCUAUGGUCACGCAUAUCAACAGCGAUAAUAUACCAGUAGUCGUCAAUGAAAAUUUAAUGUCCAAUUUUAGUAGUUUGUUGGAAAAAGCGGAGAGUAUUACGUUUUCGCAUCACCAAGAAGUUAAAGAAAAACAUGCGCCUUUAUCAGAAUAUAAUCAUUUUGAUUAUACGUAUAAAGAUAAAUCUUAUAAAAAAAAUAGUAAAAGAAAUAAGACUAGAAAAACAAAGACUCGCGCACAAAGUAGCAGCUUGGCAUCAAUGGACAUUGAAUCAGAUUCUGCUCCAUCGUUUAGACACAGCUUGCAAGACAGUAGUUCUUCUUCCAAUAUACAGCCUUUAAACAUGCAGUUACCAAGCGCAAGGCCUAAACAGCUAGCCCUAGGUACAUCAGUAGUAAAUUCAUCACAAAGCCCACAAGUCGUUGGUACAGUUUUGUCUAACGUGGUAAACAAUACACAAGAUACAAGAUCACUUGCACACGGAGUCAAACACCAAGGAAAUCCGGCAAACGACAUAGAAGUAGACGCUGCGCCUGAAAUUUCUUAUGAAACCGCAAAUUCUUCCAUCCAAGUUCAGAUCGCUCUGCCUAAAACUGUUAGGUCGAAGCCUGACGAGAGUCCAGCUCGCCCUAAAUCUAACCCAGCCCACCUUAACUCUAACCCAGCCCGCCCUAACUCUAACCCAGCCCCCUCUAACCCAACACCCCCUAAAUCUAACCCAGCCCCAUCACUCGAUUCUCGUACAACUUCCAGCAAUGUAUUACCACCUAACCCCAAUAGUUUAACAUCGAAUGCAAGUCAAUCCCAAACAAGAGAAACUCCAGUUUCGGGUGAUCAGAGCAACACCACACAGCCCGCAUCACAAACAACGCCAUUCAAUUCUUCCGACCCUACUCCAGCAGCGACCGGCACGACGGACGCCACACCGUCCGUAACAACAAACGCCAACAGCGGCAACACCAGCAAGACGGGGAAACGCAACCCCACGUACGCCGAGCUGGGCAUCAUCACGGAGCGGCCGAAACGUCCGGAGUACGCCGUGAAAGUAAAAAGACAAGAGACGUACGGUGGCUGGCCUAGAGAUCACCACCUGACGAUAGAAGAGUUGGUCGAUGCUGGCUUUUAUUAUGCUGGCUACGGCGACUGUGCCCGAUGUUUCUACUGUGGUGGUGGACUCAGGAACUGGGAAGACGAGGACAACGUGUACGUGGAGCACGCUCGCUGGUUCCCCAAAUGUGCCUUCAUCCGCCAGCUGAUGGGGCAGGUGUUUGUUGACGUGGUGCAGAAGUUGAACAAAGAUCGUGAUCAGAUUCCUUUUUCGCUGGUGUUAGACACAUUAAAAAAGAACUCUUCAACGUUUCAACUAGAAUCCAGAGACGAACCUUUAAAACGGGACCCAGCAGUUCAAGUUGUUGUCGAUAUGGGAUACGGUUUGCAAGAUGCUGUUAACACAGCUAAACUUGUCAAACAAGAAAACAGUAUUAUAUCUGCUGACGUGCUUUUGGAGAAACUUCAUGAAACUAAAACUCCAAGAGACCAGACUAAAAUAUUGCAAACACCUUUAGGGCUUUCAUCAGACAAACAAAAAUCUCUAGAAACUAUGCGUACAUUAAAAGAACAGAACAACCAACUACGCCAGCAGACAGUGUGUAAGAUCUGUAUGGACCAGGAGGUGGCUGUCGUCUUUCUGCCCUGUGGUCAUCUGGUGUCCUGUGGAGAGUGUGCCUCUGCCAUGAGUGCCUGUCCAGUCUGCAGAAAACAAGUGAAAGGAACUGUGAGGGCUUUCAUGGGCUGAAAGUGGUAACAGUUGUAUAAGUUGAGCUAUGAUAGUUUGAGGAAAGUGUUAACUAAAGAGCUUGCAUGAGUUGAAAGUGGUAGCAGUUGUAUAAGUUUAGAAAAGAGUAUGGGCUUAAGCAUACAUGAUACAAUGUUGCAAAUGGUAAAUGUGGAUUUGGGAAUACAUUUAGUAUACAAAUAUAAUGUUAUAUGUACGAGAUGUGUGCCUUGCUGCAUUUAUCAUGGGCAGAUAAUCUCAAGGUUGAAAUCAACAGUGCCCAUCUAAUUCUAGUCAAAAGAUGUUAUCGGGGACAUUUGUACUUGCAUCAUUUGGGGUAAACAUAAGAAUUCAUCGAGCCAUGUACAUAUAUGGCUACUGAUGUAUGUAAAAAAAAGAAAAAAUGUAAAUACUUUUGUCUUAUUAUUAUAACAUUAUAAUGUUUCAUUGCUGGAUUUGACUACUUAAAGUGCUACUGAUUUAUAAACUUUAAGACACGUUUUUGUUAUGUGUGCUCUUUCUUCAAGCAGAAGAAUGCCCAGCUAUUUUUAGAGCCCAAUAAGAAAAUUGAUAAAUAAAGUGAAAGAAAUUUAAUAAUGUGAAUUCAAAACAAUAAUUUCACAACACAUUUUGAAAAGGGGGAAGGGGAGUGGGGUUGGGUACCAUUGAAAAUUUUGGUGAAAGCUGGGGAGUGGCUUCUUGAAACCGCCAUAGUGGGCAGACAGUGGAUAAAGUAUAUAUUUUCCGCAUAAAAUAUAUUUUGUUUCGGUAUGAACUCAUUUCCAUCCCCCCUCCCCCUCCUCUUUCCCAAGAAGUGCCUGAAAAAAACACAGAUUUAAAAACAAACCUAUUAACUGUGUACAUUUAUAAGAAUUAUAUGCAUUUAGAUUUUCAACUGCCAAAAUUUUUCAGUGUAUUUUUAGUUAUAGGCAUAGGACUAGUUUGUUCUUAGUUUUAAUGGAUUCAUAAUAUUGACUGCUAUAAAAUGAAUCAUGGUUAGAUGACAUGAUUAGAAGAUUAAAGCAAACUGUCUUUCAUCAUUUUUUAAGAAUAAUAAUUCUUUAAAACUGUGUUUUAUUUUGAUUUGAUUUUAAAUCCCUUACAGCCUGUGCGUUUUUUUAUUACUUAUCUUUUAUUGCUUGUACAAUAAAUACAUAUAUUUUCCAUACAUGUUGAUAAAAGAACAUAUUAUUGAGAAAAUAGUUUUUACAGCUAUUUUAAAACAUUAAUGACUUUUAAAGAAAGUAUUACUGUUUCAAGAAAUGAUUCAUGUAUUUUCUUACAUAUUGUUUUCCUUUAAAUUUUCACUUAAAUUAAUUAAUUAUUAUGAUUGUUGUUUUCUUUGUUAUUAAUUCAUCGAAUGAAUGCUGUUUGAAUUAAUUAAUUAAUUAAGUUUGAAUUUAUAACAAAGUUAUAACUAGAAGAUUUUUCACAUAUUAUUGAUUUACAUGAAACAACAUAUUAUUUAAUUACUAUGCAAUUGUAACUUUAAUAUAUUUAGCAUGUAUACAAUAAAUUCUUUCCAAUUAACUUUAUAGGAGAAUGUGGAGUAGGUAUCUUGUCUAUGGUUUUUAAAUUAUUUUCUUUUUUUAAUUAUUAUAACUUUGGUUUACCCUAGAACUCAGCGCAUAGUAUGCUGAUUAUUUAUGUAGAAUCUUUAGGAGUUGUUUAUGUAAUUUAUAUAUGAAAAUAUAACUAUUAUCUGUAUAAAAUA